GAUACUAUUUCUUUUGUGCUUCACAUGCAUCUUUUCUGGUUUUUACAAGGAGCCUGAAAAAAAGAGAAUGAUGCUCUCAAGAUCACCUGUUAAAAGUUUUUAAACUGGGAACACACAGAUACAAGCCUUUGGGACUAUUUUCUUCAAUUAACUCCUGCCACGGGAAUAUGGCCUUCUUGCAGAUCUGAGAGUAAUAAAAAUUCCAUUGGAAAAGUUCACAUACUGCUGUUAGCAACAGGGAACAAGAUGGACUAUGUGAUAAAUGGAACAGAUGAAGGAUUUACCACCACUGAAUUUGACUAUGGAGGUGUAGUAACACCAUGCCAUGCUAAGGCUGUCCAAAAAUUUGGUUCUAAUGUCCUACCAACCCUUUUUUCUUUGGUGUUCAUCUUUGGUCUUUUGGGCAAUAUGCUAGUUGUAGUGAUCCUCAUCAAAUAUAAGAAGUUCAAGAGCAUGACUGAUAUAUACCUGUUAAAUUUAGCCAUCUCUGAUUUGCUUUUCAUUUUCUCACUCCCAUUUCGGAUUUAUUAUUCAGCAAAUGACUGGGUGUUUGGAGAUGCAAUGUGCAGAAUUAAUUCUGGAAUCUAUUUUUUAGGCUUCUACAGUGGAAGCUUUUUCAUCAUCCUCUUGACCAUUGAUCGGUAUUUAGCAAUAGUCUAUGCAGUGUUUGCAUUAAAAGCCAGAACAGUACUAUAUGGCAUCAUCACAAGCAUUAUCACGUGGAUCCUGGCACUUUUAGCCUCUUCGCCAGGAAUAGUCUUUUAUAAGGUACAAAUGGAAAAUGAUAGGAAAACAUGCUCUUUGCAUUUUCCUCAAGAAACUAACUUUCCAUGGAAUAAGUUCCUUACACUGAAAUUGAACUUCAUAGGCUUGAUUUUUCCAAUGAUGGUUAUGGCUUUCUGCUACGCACGCAUCAUAAACACUUUGCUGAGAUGCAGGAAUGAGAAGAAGAACAAAGCAGUCAGGCUUAUUUUUAUCAUUAUGAUUGUUUACUUCCUCUUCUGGGCCCCGUACAAUAUUGCUCUUCUGCUCCAGUUGUUUCAAGCUGAUUUUUCUCUUGAUAAUUGUAACAACUUAAGUAGUAUAGGUGUAGCAAUUCAAGUGACAGAAACACUUGCAAUAGCUCAUUGCUGUAUCAACCCUGUGAUCUAUGCUUUUGCUGGUGAGAAAUUUAGAAAAUACACCAUUACCUUUUUCCGAAAGCAUGGUGGUCACCGUCUGUCAAAAUACUGUGUCUUCCUGUAUCGAGAACCUCUGGAGCGGGCCAGUUCCACGUACUCUCAUUCUACUGGAGAGCAAGAUAUUUCAGCAGUCUUGUAAAGCAUGUCUCUAGGAAAAAGCUGGACUGAUUUUUACUGGUGCAUUUUUAUGGACCUCUGCAAUACUGGACUUAAGGGACACUCUCAAAGGGUUGGGUCACUUUUAACAAUACAGCUUUGGUAUUGUUGUGAAUAGGCAUGAUGAAAGACAUAGAUGAAGCUUUGUUUUACUAUGACAAUUCACAAACCAUGCUAUAUAUCAAUGUUCAUGUAAUCUCAGUGGAAUAAUUAUAAAUGUAAUAAGGCAUUUUGCAAACAGGGAAGAUAGCCUUUGCUUGAGCAGACCAUAUUAUAUCUGACCGCAUUUGAGAUGAGUUUGAAGCAUCUUUUGCAGCAGGACAUACGUUUACUAAUUCUAAUGCAAUAUGAAUGACUACAGGUUAAUUCUGUUCAGUGACAUUUAAUAAGUUUCAGCUCCUUGAAAAAGCAGGAAAUUCCUAUUUUCUAAAUUCACUGAGGCUACACUUCUAUUCAUACUGUUCUGGGAGUAAGAGCUCUUUCUCACAUUCUGCUAUCUGUGGCAUGAAGAUGCUUUGCAAAUUAUUUUUAUAGGUCAUGUCCUCAUGAAUAUGCCUUCAUCCCAUCCUCAAUCAACUGCAGAGGCAGCGUUGAUGCAAACAACAUAAUUUGGAAAUGCACAGGCGCUGGUUCCCCAGGUGUCAAAUGCCCUUUCUACCCUUAGAGAUGUGAGACUGAACAUGGGAUCACCUGCAUGCCCAACAUGAACCUUCCCCAAUAGGAUUAACCUGACUAUCGAAUUUUAAAAACAAAAUGUGACAAAUGUGGUGCAAAUCAUAAAUAAGAAACAUAUUGCUUUUUAUCAGGCUACAAUCAUAUUCCUGGCUACAUGACAUUUCAACUGAAAACAUUGGAAUGAAGUUACUAAUAAAUGUGUUUAUAGCUGUCUUGUUAGAAAUUGAACCAUACAAGUUUGUUUUGUAUUGACAUGUUAAAUCAUUAAAUAUU